CUGCACGUUUUAGAGAGGACGCACGUGCACGGUCCUCUAAGACCGGUUCCCAGCGCCUAAUUGCUCACGUCUUGUAGUGCGCUCUUUGAUUCUGACUGCUAGGUAGCUCUCGACUGAGGAUAGCAAGCCUUUCUUUGGGUUCCGAUCCACGGUUCAUACACAUGUGCACAUCAAAAGACAAAUUCAGCUUGUCAUUUAGUGAGGGUGAUCGCCCCGAUUUCUAUUCUCAGCUUCUGGGAGUGGCUUAUUUGAAUCGGCAUGGCUCGAUUAAUCCCUCCAAGCCCGUAUCCGUCAACGAGUCGCACGCUGCUGCCUGUUCGGGCUCGCGCUGCCCGCGCGCCUACGAGCUCUGCGAAGGUCCACAAGAGAAGCUGGAAGACCAACUGAACAGUCUGAACACACAAAUUCAGUCGAUCACACAACUCGUUAAUGACACGUCUUUGUUUGAAGCUCAGCAGGGCGACGUACCUUACAAAGUUGGCAGGUCACCUGUCCAGGAGCACUCGAGCUUCCCCGACUGUCUGGAGGAGUUGUGCUUCGACCAGAUUCUAUACGAUUCGACUGGUCUGUCGGCGCCUGCGAGGGGCGAAGACAGGGCUGCAGGGGUGAUAGGCCCGUAUGCUAAAAACGAGAGUUAUCCCUCGCAACUGCCAUCGAACUAUAUGCUUCGAUCCAGGAUGGACGCCGCCGUUGGUGGCACCAGUUCAGAGUCGUCGCAGUCCAAUUUCAGUUCCAUUCAUUCCUCCUCAAAGGAACCCAAGUCGAAGAACUCCGUCAAGUCCGUCGCUAGUGACGACGACUUCCCCUCCCCCAUGGACGGCGAAAACAACGUCCACCCCCAUUCCGACCCGCGACACGUCCCCUUCUCUACCGACGAAACACAAAAUUUCUCGUCCAACAAAGCGCUUGAAAGUUACGACGCGCACGACAGCGCGGGCUCCCCCCCAUAUCCGGACUCUUUUUCCCACUCUGAUCACCUGAAAACCGUCUUCUCGUCCUCUUUAGACACUCAGUACGACACGGACAUCAAAGAUGACGCCUUUCCCGUCUCGAACUGUCAGAAGCUCGGCAAGUACGCGUCGCAGCCGUUUCUUUCCAGUUCGUCUUUUCACUGCUGCUCCCCUGCAACCGCCCAAUCCGCGCCUCCGUGCGGCCUGACGGCCGCCUCGGAGACGUCAAGAAUCGACUCCCUCUGUCUGCCAAACUUCCCGGACACCGUGCCGAACUCCAUCGCCUCGCUGAGACAGCCCGUCUCUUUCCAGGUCCAAGACGGCCAACCUCUGCUUCAUCGAUCGGACCUCUCAGAUACAAAAAACAACUCUCCAGUUAUGAGCGAAUCUGCUUCCGAAGACGGGCGAUCCCUCCUGUACAGCACCACUCAAUCCUCGUCCACGGAUUCUAACUUCUCUAUAAAACUCAACAACGACAUCGACGAAAUGAUAGUCACCGGGGGCAGCCGAAGCAGGCGCCGCGAGAGCCAAAACCGCGCCUCGAGAAACUACCGCCUCCGCAAGAAGGCCCAUCUGAAGAACAUCGAGGAAAAACUCAAACAACUCCAAUUCGAAAACGAAACGCUGCGUCAAGAAAAUAAUAAAAUUCGCGCACAUCUAAAAGAAAAACAGAAAGUUUGCCGCGUCAACGACGCACUGGUAUCAUCGGACUCCAAAUCCCCUUCAUCAGUCAAACCACCAUUCCCUCAACGCAGCUACUCCGGUGAACUCCUCACGCAAGACUUAAAAACGGAACUGCUAAUCAUCGAAAUCGAAAAAAUGAGUCAAACCGAACAACCCGACCCAGCCAGUCUAAGCCGCAAACUCCAACACCUCCAAGAACUAAUGGCCAGGCGCCAACACCUGCUCAAUGAGCAAAUGAUACAACUGAUGAACCCAAAAAUGCAAGACCGCCUCGUCCGGCUAGAAGGCUUCUCGUCCGACGUCAUCGAGGAAGAACAAAUGCAAAACCUCACGAACCAACUAGAAAAGAUCAUCAGCAAGGACCAGAUCAUACAGCUGAACAAUCUGAAGAAAUACCACUACGAGCAACGCACUCAAAUCUGGCUGCAACGCCAAAAAAUUGUCACCAUCAUUCGAAAAUUUUACCAAGACCGAAUCAUUGACAACAGCACCUCCAAGCAUGACAUGGACGAUCAAUCUGUCGUGCAACUCAACACCCAACUCGACCUUCUAAAGAAGAACUUGAAUCUAGAAGUUGAGCUCAACCAAAACUCGGUCAAGGCCUUCUCAAUCAUACUGACGCAAACUCAACAGGCGAAGGUCCUUGCCGAGCAGUAUCGCCACUACAAGAAAAAAAUGGCCAACAUACAAGUACUGGCCAACGUAUGGGCGCUAUUGAUCGGAAACACAUGCUAA